UUAGUCUCUCUUCUUCCCUUAUUUCUGACAGUAACUAACAGUCCCAGGAUCACAGCAUCAGUUCUUUCAGCUAUAAUUUCUUGUCUGCUGAAUCUUCAUGAAAUGGAUCCACAGGGACAAAAUCUCGUUGAGGCUAUCUUGCUCGCUUUGGAGGUUGCAUUGGCAAAGGAAAGAGAUAACACAAGGCUCAUGGAAGAGCGUCUAAGGGCUGGUCAAGCUGCUCUGAAAGCGAAGGAGAGAGAACGUUCGAUGCUUACGACAGAGAAGGAUCGAGUGCUUGCACUCAAAGAAGACGGAGAAAAACUGGUUUCUGAUUUCCUUGAAGCGGAUGGUAAGAAGAACUUUGAUGAUCAGAAAGCUAUGAUGGACGCUGUCGUUGCUAUGAUCAACAGUGGCGGCGGCGAUGGAGGCAAGGGUGGAGGAUUUGAUGGCUUUUACGAACGGGGUAUUAACUAUCUUGAAAACGCUCAGAAUCUUAACGAGAAAGCCGUGUUAGCAACUGUUAAAGGAACAAACAGCGACGGGAAUGAUAACAGCCACGGUGGUGGAAAUGGCGGCGAUGGCGGCAAGGGUGGAGGGUUUGAUGGCGUUUACGGAGGGCCUAUUAACGAUCUUGAAAACGCUCAGAUUCUUGAUGAGGAAGCCGUGAUAGCAACUGCUAAAGGAACAAACAGCGACGGGAAUGGUAGCAGCCACGGUGGUGGAAACGGCGGCGGUUACGGUGUUUAAGCACCGUGACUAGGGAGAUGGUCUAUCCCUUUACUUUUCCACGAAGGAAAAACGUCGUUUCAACUUGUUUACAACGUGCUGCUUGUACUUUGGUUUGUUCAAGAUACUGAAAGCUUGUUAUAUGUGUGUUAAUUAUUAAACCUAGAAGUUCCCACUGGAACAAGUUCGAGUGAUUAUCAGUAGUAGUAGUAGUAAGUUGGUGCUUGAAGAAAUGGGAUAGGGUUUGAUUGGAUUGAGUACUAAGCUAGCUGGAACCUCUAUUUUAAUUUAUUCUUGGUGAACUUAAAUGAGAUUGAUCUAGCUGAAUAUUUUAGAGGAAGUGAAGUACUUUCUGUUAA